ACAGAAAGAAAUCGCUUGAAGGGAGCAGUAUAAAUUGGAAGACUCGCCACUGGAAUCUGUACGCUAAGCUCUUCAAAGGAGCAUAACAUUUUUGCUGAAAAUGGGAAUGGCACUUCGCCAUCUUCAACUGUUCCUCUUGCUUUUCUCAAUAAUGGAGCACAGGCCCAUCUUUGCUGCCAAAAAGAAGUCGUACGUGGUCUACUUGGGAGCGCACUCGCACCCUUCGGAAGAAGCCUUGUUGCCGUCAGCUGAUGAGCUGUACAGCCGAGUGACGGAGUCCCACUGUGAUUUCCUUGGGUCCUUCUUGGGAAGCCGGGAAGAAGCCAGAGAUGCCAUGUUCUACUCGUACACGAGGCACAUCAACGGCUUUGCUGCAACGAUUGAAGAUGAUGUGGCAGCAGAAAUCGCCAAGCACCCGAGCGUGGUGUCCGUGUUCGUGAACCAGGGGAAGAGACUGCACACGACCCGAUCAUGGGAGUUCUUAGGGCUCGAGCACAACGGCCUGGUCCAUUCUGAUUCGAUCUGGAAGAAGGCUACGUUUGGUGAAGGCAUUAUCAUAGGAAACCUUGAUACUGGGGUAUGGCCCGAGUCGAACAGCUUUAGCGACGUCGGAUAUGGACCAAUUCCUUCGAAGUGGAGAGGAAUCUGCCAAAACGACAAGGAUCCUGCGUUUCAUUGCAACAGGAAGCUGAUCGGAGCUCGGUACUUCAACAAAGGCUACGCUGCCGCGGUGGGCCCACUCAAUGCCACCUUCGACUCUCCCCGUGAUAAUGAGGGCCACGGCUCCCACACCCUCUCCACUGCCGGUGGCAACUUCGUCCCUGGCGCAAGUGUCUUCGGUUACAGCAAGGGAACGGCCAAGGGCGGAUCCCCGAGAGCCAGGGUCGCAGCCUACAAGGUCUGCUGGCCUCCAGCCAAUGGCAAUGAGUGCUUUGAUGCUGACGUCCUUGCUGGAUUUGAUGCCGCGAUCCAUGACGGGGUCAACCUGCUGUCAGUCUCCCUUGGAGGCGGCGCUGCUCCCUACUUCAAUGAUGGCAUCGCCAUCGGCUCAUUCCAUGCUGUUAAGCAUGGGAUCGUGGUAGUCUGCUCUGCUGGAAACUCUGGGCCGUUGGAUGGCACGGUCUCAAACCUCUCACCGUGGCUAAUCACAGUUGCAGCCAGUACCAUGGAUCGGGAUUUCUCCAAUUAUGUCAUCACCGGCGACGGAAAACGGAUCAAGGGUGAGAGCUUGUCUGAGAAGUCAUUGCCCGCCAAGUUUUACCAGCUAAUCAAUGCAGCCAAUGUCAAAGCACGCAAUGCAUCAGCCGAGCAAGCGAUUCUGUGCAAGGCUGGAACGCUUGAUCCCGUCAAGGUGAAGGGAAAGAUAUUGCUCUGCCUCCGAGGAGACAAUCCAAGAGUCGACAAAGGCGAGCAAGCCCUCUUGGCAGGGGCCGUGGGGAUGAUUCUCUCCAACAACAAUGCCUCUGGGAAUGAAAUAAUUCCUGAUCCCCACUUGCUUCCUGCUACACAUAUCAAGUACAGCGAUGGCGUCACUGUCUUCAACUAUGUCAAUUCUUCUAGGUCUCCCAUGGCCAUGAUCACGCAAGUGACAACACAAUUUGGCGUCAAGCCAUCUCCCGUCAUGGCUGCUUUCUCAUCGAAAGGACCCAACACUAUCACACCGGAAAUCCUGAAGCCUGAUAUUACUGCACCUGGAGUUAGUGUGAUAGCCGCUUAUACCGAAGCUCGGGCCCCCACAGAUGAAGAGUUCGAUAAGCGCAGAAUCCCAUUUAAUGCGAUCUCAGGCACUUCGAUGUCUUGUCCUCAUGUGUCGGGGGUCGUGGGCCUUCUGAAGAUUCUCUAUCCCAGUUGGAGUCCUGCAGCAAUUCGAUCGGCGAUUAUGACCACCGCAACUCCCUUUGAUAAUGCCAUGGAACCGAUCCUAAACGCAUCCUCCUACAAGGCUACUCCGUUCAGCUAUGGCGCAGGACACAUGCAGCCGAACAAGGCCAUGGAUCCGGGCCUCGUCUACGACUUAGAAAUCGGUGAUUAUCUCAAGUUCCUCUGUGCUCUGGGGUACAACAAGACGCAGAUAUCUAGGUUUACUGACAGCCCCUACAAGUGCCCGAAGCGCACUAGUCUUCUGGACUUCAACUACCCUGCGAUCACUGUCCCCAAGCUCUCCAGGAGAGUCACAGUAACUCGAACUGUAAAGAAUGUGGGACCUCCAGGGACAUACAUGGCUCAGGUCAUGAGCCCAGAUGGAGUCUCGAUUUCGGUGAAGCCCAGCACAUUGAGGUUCGACAAGAUUGGAGAACACAGGACCUUCAGUGUGACCCUCAAGUCAAGAAAAGUUAAUGCUCCUAAGGGCUAUCUAUUUGGGGAGUUGGUUUGGUCAGAUAAGACUCGCUCUGUUAGGAGCCCUAUUGCGGUGAGGGCCAUGUAGAUUUGGCCUGGUGGUUUGAUCAUUUGAUCAAUUCUUGGAAGCUAAUUAGAGGUAUGGAAGCAUCAUUUCAAUGAAAAUAACCUCUCUGUUCUAUCA